AUGCCCGCUCCGUCCAACACCCUCCUCAUUGAGGGUUCUUUCGCCGAGCUCGCUGAGGAAUUCGCCCAGUACGUCGACGCUCUCCGCAAAGAGGGCAGCCUGCAGUCCGAGAUCGCCCCGCUCCUCCAGCCGAUCCGCGAGCAGGAACAGUCCGAGGGCGAACCCGACCUCAAGCAACACGAUGAGGUCCUGAAGAAGAUCGUGGCCGCCGCUGCCGUCCUGAACGGUGCCCCCGAGAAGGAAAUCACUCCUUCUUACAACCUCCUUGUGCACCUCGUUCACCAGGCUUCCGAUCCCGACGCCUUCUUGCCUCGCAUCUGCGCUUACCUUGCGAAGCCCAUCACCACCUCCCCUCAAUUCGGCCCAACUCUGGCCAUCUCUAUCCUUACCACCAUCUUCAACACCCUGUCCGGUAACGACUCCAGCCGCUACCACAUUCUCCUGGCCAUUGUUGCCGUCAUCCGCCAAUCUGGGUCCGGAUACGCUUUCGAGGCUCUGAAGCCACAAUUGGCCAACCAGCUGCCCACAUGGCUGACUGCCUGGGAGUUGGACGACGAGGAGGCACAGAAGCUGCACCUGGCUAUUGCUGAUGCCUCUACUGCCGCCGGCGACGAUGACCUGGCUCAGUCCCACGUUGUUCAGGCCCUUCAGACCAUCCCCGCCGCUGAUGCCAGCAAGCCCGCUGCCCGCGAUCUCGCUGUUCGCGCUCUCGCCUCUGCCCUCCGUCGCCCUACCGUUUUCGACUUCACCCCUCUGACCGGCUCAGACGCCGUCCAGUCCCUCCGCUCCAGCGACAGCACUCUUUUCGAGCUCCUUGAAAUCUUCACCUCGGACACUCUCGAUGCCUACGAGGAGUUCAUCGCUGCCUCUCCCCUCGCCUCCAUCUCUGGCGGCGUUCUCGCCGAGGCCGCCGAUGCUCUCCAGACCAAGAUGCGUCUGCUGACUCUGACUUCGCUUGCCUCUUCCACCCCCUCGCGCUCGCUUCCCUACGCCACCAUCGUCUCCGCUCUGCGCGUCCCCGCUACCGAUGUCGAGAUGUGGGUUAUUGACACCAUUCGUGCUGGUCUUGUUGAGGGUAAGCUCUCCCAGCAGCGCGCUGAGUUCCUUGUCCACCGUGCCACCUACCGUGUGUUUGGUGAGAAGCAGUGGGCUGAGGUCCAGGGCCGUCUGAUGGUCUGGCGCCGCUCCCUCGAGGGUGUCCUCACUGUCAUCCGCUCUGAGCGUGAGCGCUUCGUCCGUGAAGGUAUUCAGGCUGCUGCCGACCAGGAGGCGGCCAAGAACAACGACAAGGCCCGCUCUGGAGGCCCUCGCCGUAACCAGCAGUCCCAGCCCGCGCAAACCCGCGAGGUUGAGCCUACUGCUGAAUAA